UCUCUCUCUCUCUAGCGCCGAGCUACCAGACGCUGUUGUUGCUUUCUUGCAGCGUCUUCACUCAUUAGAGCGCUCUCUCUCUCUCUCUCUAGGUUAGGAAUUUAGAAACAUACAAUAUGGAUAUGGUGUUGCCUCUAAAACCCCAAAUCCAAUUUGUUAGUGCCUCCAAAAUUUACCCACCUUUUCUCUCUUCCUCUUCUUCUUCUUCUUCUUCUUCUUCUUUACUACAAUCUCAAGCGUCUCGCUCUCGUUCGAAAUCAAAUUUGGCGCUCAAACAAAUUAGGGCUAGGUCCGAGUUCGACGGCAAAGUCAAUGGCGUUCUUUCUGGUGAUUCUGACCCCCGCUUCGUCGACCGGCAAAAAGCAUUGGAAGCAGCAAUGAAUGAUAUAAAUAACUCAUUUGGGAAAGGAAGUGUUACAAGGUUGGGCAGUGCUGGUGGAGCUCUGGUGUAUGUGCUUUUCUUCCAUGUCAACUGCGUAGAAACUUUUCCGAGUGGCUGUUUGACAUUAGACUUUGCACUAGGUGGUGGCCUUCCCAAAGGUAGAAUUGUAGAGAUAUAUGGGCCAGAAAGUAGUGGAAAGACCACCCUAGCGCUCCACGCAAUUGCAGAAGUUCAGAAGGUAGGAGGCAACGCCAUGCUUGUUGAUGCAGAGCAUGCUUUUGAUCCUUCAUAUUCUAAAGCAUUGGGAGUAGAUGUAGAAAAUUUGAUUGUAUGCCAACCUGAUAAUGGAGAGAUGGCACUGGAGAUUGCAGAUCGUAUGUGCAGAUCUGGUGCUGUUGAUCUCAUUUGCGUUGAUUCUGUCUCAGCUCUUACUCCACGAGCUGAGAUUGAAGGGGAAAUUGGAAUGCAGCAGAUGGGUUUGCAAGCACGUCUCAUGAGCCAAGCUCUGCGUAAAAUGUCUGGAAAUGCCUCCAAAGCUGGAUGUACUCUUAUUUUUCUGAAUCAAAUAAGACACAAGAUUGGUGUAUAUUAUGGAAAUCCUGAAGUCACCAGUGGAGGAAUUGCUUUGAAGUUCUUUGCAUCACUUCGUCUUGAAAUACGCCCUACAGGGAAGAUAAAGUCUGCUAAAGGAGAUGAAGACGUUGGGCUUAGGGUUCGUGUGAGAGUUCAAAAGAGUAAGGUUUCAAGGCCAUACAAGCAAGCCGAGUUUGAAAUUAUUUUUGGCGAGGGAGUGGGUAAACUGGGUUGCAUUUUGGAUUGUGCUGAAAUGAUGGAUGUAGUGUUAAAGAAGGGUUCCUGGUAUAGCUAUGAAGAUAAUAGGUUGGGACAGGGGAGGGACAGAGCACUGCAAUACCUGAGAGAGAACCCUCUUCUUUGUGAUGAAAUAGAGAAGAUUGUUCGGUCUAUGAUGGUAGAGGGAAUCGGCCAAGUAGGCUCUUCUCAUUUGAGGUACUCAACACCACAGCAUCAUGAAGAAGAUACUUUUGAAGAAGAGAUACAGUAGGAUUGACCAAAUCUCCAAAUCUAGGUGGCAACUAUGGAAGCUGAAAAGAAAAGCAGCUAGGAUUAUGGGUCAGCUUGAUUUAAUUGACUUAAUUCUUCAUCCCAUGACAGGGGGAGAGGUUAGUGUAUUUUGUGUACUUCAUGGCAUGUACUUCAUUUGUAUCCAUGCACCAUAUGAACAGGCUGGGGAGGGCAAAGGGUUAAGCUUUGGGUGACAUGCAAGGGGAAUUUGUAACAUUCCACCAUCAAUUGUCCUAAUUCUGUUUGAGAAACAUAAUUGGUUCUCAUUUUUUU